CCUAAACAACAACAUUCAAUGGAUGAGCAACAAGAUCAGAAGCUGAGUGAGCAACAAGAGAAUACUACAAACAUUGAUCAGACAAAUGAGGUAGAGGGUAUCCCAAUUGAGGACAUUCACAAGAAUCCAAACGUUGACAAUGCCUUUGCCGAUGCUUCAAACUUCAACAUUGUCAGAAAGGAUGAGGCUGCACCUGCUGCAGGCAUCGCUGAUGACACCACAAAGAAGCUGGCCAAGACUAUUCACUGCAGACUAUGUGACUGCACCGUUAUCAUCCCAAACAAUGCUACACUGGUAGAGAAAGAUAUCGCACUCCUCAAUGCAAAGGGAAGUGAUAGCGCACAACUACUGAAGUAUAUGUGGUUCCUGCCGGAUAUGUUCCAGUUUGAGAACAUCGCCUUCUCCAGAGACGUCAAGUCCGAGUACAAGUAUCUGACCUGUGCCGAGUGUGAAGCAGAGAUCAUUGGCAUCCAUUACAUCCAGUCCAAGGAGAACUACAUUGCUCACGACAGAGUUGUCUACAAAUAA